AUGGUCGAAGGACGGCUCGUUGACGCCAAGGCUACGUUUGCGCAAUUCUCGCAUCUCCUCGAUGCGCGCCUCCUCCGUGCCCUCGCCGACAUGGGCUUUGCGCGCCCGACGCUCGUCCAGGCGAAGGCGAUCCCGCUCGCGCUCGAGAGCCGCGAUAUCCUAGCGCGGGCUCGGACAGGGAGCGGGAAGACGGCGGCGUACUGUCUGCCGGUGGUGCAGAAGAUCUUGAAUGCUAAAGCUGUGGGUAUGUCUCGCAAUUUGGGCGCGGACGAUGAGAGUAGGCAGGCUACGAGGGGGUUGAUCCUUGUGCCCACGAGGGAGCUUGCGGAGCAGGUUUCUGCGUAUCUGCGCGGGCUGCUGGUGUAUUGCGAGAAUGAGGUCGGGAUCGCGAACGUAGCUGGAGGGACUAUGACGCAUUUACAGCGGACAUUGCUCGCCGACCGGCCGGAUAUUGUGAUUGGCACACCCUCCCGCGUAUUGAGCUUACUUCAAUCGAAGGCUCUGUUGCUGAGCUCCUUAGACUCCUUGGUUAUUGAUGAGGCUGACCUCGUGUUAUCCUACGGCCACGACGAAGAUGUAAGACAAAUAUUCUCAGGAGGCUAUCUGCCCAAGGUUUUCCAGUCAUACUUGAUGAGUGCAACAAUGACGGAGGACGUCGAGAUGCUGAAGGGGCUUGCACUCAGGAAUCCUGCCAUCUUGAAGCUAGAGGAAGAUGAAGAUGAAGCGGCUAAUUUAAGCCAAUAUUCGGUCCGAUGCUCGGAAGUGGACAAAUUCCUGCUGACGUACAUUAUCCUCAAACUGAAGCUCAUCAAGGGAAAAUGCAUCAUCUUUGUAAACGAUGUCGACCGCUGUUAUCGCCUCAAGCUCUUCCUGGAACAGUUUUCAAUCAAGAGCUGCGUCCUAAAUUCGGAGCUGCCAUUGAAUUCCAGAUACCACACAGUCCAGGAAUUUAACAAGGGCGUCUAUGAUUACAUUAUAGCCGCUGAUGAAGGAGGAAAGGGGGAACGGGACUCCGAUGACGAACAGGAGGAGGAAGGAGAUCACUCGGAGGCCGAGGACGAAGAUGAAUCCCCGGAGGCAUCGUCAUCCUCUUCCAAGGCCCGCAAGCGGAACAAAACUCGCAAGAGCGGGGGCGACCGCGAGUACGGCGUGACGCGCGGCGUGGACUUCAUCAACGUCUCGUGCGUGCUUAACUUCGACUUGCCCACCUCCGCGCGCUCGUACACGCACCGCGUCGGGCGGACCGCGCGCGCGGGGCGCACGGGUAUGGCACUGUCGUUCGUCGUCCCGCGCGAGCAGUGGGGGAAGAACAAGGUUGUGGGCUGUCUCGAGAGCGCGAAGCACGACGAGGCGGUGUUUGCGCGGAUUGAGAAGGAGCAGGGCGCGCGGGGGAGCAAGAUCAAGGACUACAAGUUCGAUACGAAGCAGGUAGAGGCGUUCAGGUACCGCAUGGAGGACGCUUUGCGAGCGGUGACGCGGAGUGCGAUCAAGGAAGCGAGGAUUAAAGAGCUGAAAGCGGAGAUUUUGAAUUCUGAUAAGCUCAAGGCGCAUUUCGAAGAUAACCCGCUCGACUUGGAGUAUCUGCGUCAUGACAAGCCGCUCCACCCAACGAGGGUACAGUCGCAUAUGAAACAUGUGCCGAAAUACCUUCUACCUAGGAUAGCGCCAGUCGCUGGUGCAGACGGGGAGGUGCCUGUACAGCCAGACACUAGCGCUGAAAAGGAAACAGCGCCAGGGUUCGUCCCCUUCAAGAAGGACGCUGGGAGGGGACGCGGUAGAGGUAGGGGUAGAGGGCGGGGUGGGUUCGGGAGAGGGGGUAAGAAGAAAUCGGACCCGCUCAAAAAAUUCGGGCGGUAG